AUGUGGUUGACUGCUAUUCCUAAAGUGGUAAUUAAAACAUAUCUAUGGUCAUUUAUUCUAUGGCUAAUAUUAACUACUAUCAUACCUCAAACUCUUACAAAGUACUUCAAUGAUGAAGUGAUCUCCAAUACUUAUAAAACCAGAUACUUCCCCUACCACUCGUUAAUAUCACCAUCUCAACUCCCCAUACAAAACUCUACCGUGUACUAUGUGAUGGGUCAUCCAGAUGACGAGACAAUGUUCUUUAGUCCUUCGUUGAUUGAAGUGUUGCGUCCCAAACACAACAAUAGUGUCAAGUUGAUUUGUUUGCUGCCCGGUGACUAUGUUAGUCCAUCGAUGGGGUCAUUAAGAAAGGAAGAAUUACUUAGUGCUGCCAGAAUCUAUGGCAUUGAUAAGGAUGAUGUGUUUGUGCUCAAUUAUAGAGAUGGAAUGAACGAAACUUGGCCAUUGGAUUCAAUAGUCAAUGAUUUGGCUUCAAUUAUAGGCACCAAUCAUCAACAACUUCACAAUCCGCUUACCUUGAUUACUUUUGAUGAAGGGGGUGUUUCUGGCCAUCCCAAUCAUAUAGCAACAUAUGAAGGUACCAAGAAGUUCUUUGAUACUUACUAUAAAUCAUUAUCCAAUGACUAUAGGCUAUACAAGUUGAAGACCUUCAAUGUAUUUGAAAAAUAUACUUCAACUAUCCUCACCAAUAUCGAGUAUCUUGUGAUCCAACUUCCUAGAUUAUUGGCACGGAACAUCUUCCAAAUCGGGAUUGAUAUUAGUUUCUUCUCCAAUCCUAAUGAAGAAGAAUCGUCUAUAAAGUUCUUUGGUGAUAUGAAUACUUUGGGGUUAUCGUUUGGUGCCAUGUCUUUUGGUCAUUUCAGUCAAAUGGAAUCCUUUAGAUAUCCAUGGAUUCUUUUCAGUCGUUAUUUUACUUAUAAUAACUUAAUUCAAGUAUUGUAA